AUGUGGCCGAUCUCACCGAUUCCAGAGGAGGAGGAAAUGCCAGAAGAACGUAAAUGCGAGCAUGCGCUUCUUGUUUCUACUGAACUGAAUUUUUCACUACUCGAACGUUUUUCUUCUCUAACUCGUGCCAUUAGAGUCACAGCCUAUUGUCUGCGCUUUAUUCAAAAUUUAAAAAGGCCGAAAGAUCUACGAAAACUACAAUAUCUUGAUACAAAUGAAUUGUCUUUCGCGCGCAAAGGUCUCUUGAAACUGGCUCAGUCUCAGGAUUUUGCGAAGGAAAUACACGACCUAAAAGAGACUGAGCUAGUUUCAAAAAAAAGUAGAUUGUUACUGCUGAAUCCGUUUGUUGAUGCGCAAGGGCUGCUGAGGGUGGGCGGGCGGCUCGCAAACGCUCCAGUACCAUUCAAUCAAAAACAUCCGAUUAUUUUAGCGCCGAAUAAUCCACUAACGUUACUGAUAAUUCACUAUGAACACUUGAGAUUAUUGCACGCUGGCUGUCAAACUACGUUGGCAGCUGUAAGAACUCAGUAUUGGCCAUUGUCGGGCAAAAAUGCUAUAAAGAAAGUUCUGCGAAAAUGUAUAAAAUGUUGUAGGGCAAAACCAAUUGGAACAGAAUAUCUCAUGGUAAAUCCUUCGUCGCGGGUCACUCCGAGCAGGGCGUUUAAUAAGACAGGAGUCGACUACACCGGACCAUUUUAUAUUAUAGACAAAUUGCGGAGUCGCACUACGAUCAAGACCUACCUUUGCGUUUUUGUAUGCUUCGCAACGAAGGCAGUGCACCUCGAGGCACGCGACAUUUCGACCGAUGCAUUCAUGCACUGUUUACAACGGUUUAUUUCUCGCCGAGGCUUAUGUCAGGCUCUUUACUCAGAUAAUGGGAUAAAUUUUGUAGGCGCGCGUAAUGAGCUUCAACAACUGCAUGCAUUGUUAAUGAAUAAUAAUUUUCAACGAGAUUUACAUGACUUUCUUGUAAAUCAACAGAUAUCGUGGCAUAUGAUUCCUCCCAAUGCGCCUCACUUCGGAGGUCUUUGGGAGAGCGCGGUAAAAUCCGCCAAAAGGCACUUGUAUCGUGUAGUAGGAGACACACGUCUCACUUAUGAAGAACUUUAUACGGUACUCACGGAAGUUGAAUCGUGUCUGAACUCACGUCCUUUGAGCCCACUAUCCAACGAUCCUAACGACCUGAGACCUUUAACUCCUGGGCAUUUCUUACCUGGGGACUCACUUACUGCCAUACCACAACCGGAUCUGCGUGAAAUUCCACGAAAUCGAUUAAGCCGAUACCAACACCUGCAACAAAUGCUGCAACAUUUUUGGCAGCGCUGGCAAAGGGAGUACCUCAGCCAACUACAAGAACGUCGCAAGUGGGCUCAGCCGGUAGACAAUCGCCUUCUACCGGGAACAAUGGUAGUAGUACGGGAUGAUGAUUUACUACCUCUAAAGUGGCGACUUGGAAGAAUCACAGAGUGUCAUCCGGGGCAAGACGGUACCAUCCGAGUAGUAUCCAUUCAAAUGGGCCAUUCUGCCCUUAAGAGACCUGUGUCCAAAGUCUGUAUUCUUCCCAUCGAUGAAUGA